AGAAAUAAUAGAUUUAUUUAUUUAUUUUAAUGAAUAGAUUUGAUUCAAUUUUACAAAACAAGAUUGUCCAAGUCUCUGAUGUUCCUUCCAUGCAACUUCCCCACCAUUCCCCUUCUUAUUCUGUGCUCUGUUUCUUUUUGGCCUGCUCUGGUCUUUUUGCUUUUCCUUUUCCAUUUUUAGUACAUAGGAAACUCCGGCAAUAGGAGCUUUGAUUUCUUCGUAAAAGACCAAUUUAAUCGUCAUCAACGAAGCUUCAACACGGAAGAAAUAAUUUCACACGCAACAGAAAACUUGUUCGAGGGGUCCGCCCAUCGAAAUUCCCAGGCAACCUCUCUCUCUCUCUCUCUCUAUAUAUAUAUAUAGAUCGAUGUUAUGAGGUGACAACACCAUCACAGAAAAUCCAAUUCCUCGUAAUACGUUUUCUCCAAAAGCGUUUACAACCAAACACGUUUUGAAGAGCUCGGAAAAGUAAGAAGAAUAAUAACAAAAAAAAAAAAGAUUUUGUUUUAGGGUGUUAGUUUUAGAGAGAUGGGAAAUUGCUACUCGGAUUUGGAGGGAGGAAAGCAGGCCGUGGGCGCGGCCCGACUGAGGCCCACAGAAGCCGCCACCUCCAACAACAACAAUGGCGGCCACAACGACGCUGUUGAGUUCUUCUACAGGUCUCGGGGGCUGCAUCCUCUGUUCACUCAAAUAGAGUUAUCUCUAUCAGCAUCCAACUUGAUUGAUCGUGACUUCACUUCAAAGAGUGAUCCCAUGGCUGUGGUGUAUGCAAAGAAAAUAGACGGAAAGCUAGAGGAGUUAGGUCGCACUGAAGUUGUGUUGAAUAGUUUGCAUCCCAAAUGGAUAGAAAAAGUUACAGUUGCAUUCCAAUUUGAGAUUGUACAGCCAUUGGUAUUUCAUGUGUAUGAUGUUGAUUCAAAAUAUCAUAAUAUCCCUGUGAAGACCCUGAAAUUGAAGGAUCAAGACUUUCUUGGAGAGGCAACUUGUGUUCUAUCAGAGAUAAUAACCAAACAAGGUCGGAGUUUAACCCUAAAUCUUCAUAGCAAAAAUGGGAAGACGGGUUUGAGGAACUUUGGGGCACUCACUAUCCAUGCGGAGGAAACAAUUGCUUCGAGGACUGCUGUUGAGAUGAUAUUCCGUUGUUCUCACUUGGAUAACAAGGACCUAUUUUCUAAAAGUGAUCCUUUUUUGAAAAUAUCUAGAAUUGUUGAGAGCGGUGAUCCUGUUCCAAUAUGCAAGACUGAAGUGGUGAACAACAACUUAAAUCCAACUUGGAAAUCCCUAUGCAUGAGUAUGAAUCAGUUUGGAAGUAAGGAUAACCCAUUAAUUAUUGAAUGCUUUGAUUUCAACAGCAGUGGCAAUCAUGUGCUUAUUGGUAAGCUCCAAAAGUCAGUAGCAGACCUAGAAAAACUUCACAAAGAAAGAAGUGGUGCAAAUCUUACCUUGCCAUCUUCUCAUUAUGAUUACGAGAAGGUUUUGAAGGGACAGCUGUUUGUUGAUCAAUUUUGUCAGAAGGAACAGUACAGUUUUCUUGAUUACAUUUCUAGUGGAUUUGAGCUUAACUUUAUGGUUGCUGUUGACUUUACAGCCUCAAAUGGAAAUCCUCGAAAUCCAGAUUCUCUACACUAUAUUGAUCCUUCUGGCCGGUUGAAUUCUUAUCAGCGGGCUAUAAUGGAGGUUGGGGAGGUCAUUCAGUUUUAUGAUUCUGAUAAACGUUUUCCUGCUUGGGGCUUUGGAGGAAAAACUUCUGAUGGUUCCCUCUCACAUUGUUUUAAUUUGAAUGGAAGUGCAAAUGGUUAUGAGGUCGAAGGAGUUGAAGGCAUCAUGGCUGCUUAUGCAAGUGCUCUACGUAAUGUUGCUCUUGCAGGGCCCACUUUAUUUGGACAAGUGAUUAACACAGCUGCGCAAAUUACCAGCCAGUCCCUUUCAUACACCAGCAACAAGUAUUUUGUCUUGCUCAUUAUUACGGAUGGAGUCCUUACAGACCUUCAAGAAACAAAAGACGCUUUGGUGAGGGCAUCUGAUCUUCCACUGUCGAUUCUUAUGGUGGGAGUGGGAGGGGCAGAUUUUAGUCAAAUGGAGGUCCUUGAUGCUGAUGGCGGACAACGAUUGGAGAGCUCUACAGGUCGUGUUGCUACGCAUGACAUCGUACAGUUUGUUCCAAUGCGAGAAGUGCAUAGUGGGCAGAUUUCUGUGGUGCAGGCUCUUUUGGAAGAGCUACCUGGACAGUUUUUGACCUACAUGCGGAGUAGAGAUAUAAAGCCACUCUCUCCCCAUGUACCCCAAACCUCUGCUUAACUACGUACAUUUACCAAGUCCACAAAAGCUUAUAUAUAUAUAUAUACAACUAGGGUUUUUAGGUCUGAACUACCAACAGAUUGACAACCUGCCUAAAAGGCUAGGAGGUUUUUUUUUUUUUUUUUUUGGGUGGGUGUGGGGGAAGGAGUACAUGUU